UCAAAAUGGCGGAGAUAUGACGUCAGUGAUAGAAUCCGCUAAGUAUCGUUUACUGUCAAAUGUGCCAAUUUUGGUAUAUUUUUUCCAGUCUUAAAGUAUUGCUGCAUAAAUUUUGAUCGUUAUUCAACCUUCCACCAUAUUGGAAUUGGGUGGAAGAAAUAGAAAAAAUGGAUAAACCCGAGGAUCUUCUCCUCCUUGAUGUCAUUGAGGUGGAUGAUGAGGAGAGUUACAGUGAUUUGAUCGGUGGGGAAGAUGGACUGGAGACGGAAGAUAUCACAGAGAGUGAAUAUUUUGAGGAAGAAAGUGAAGUAGUGACGGAGGAAUCACAAGAAGGUGUGGGGGAGUCCUUGGAUGUGUAUGUAGAUGACACACAGGAUGACCUUGAUGCAGAUAUAAAGGACAGAGAAAAAUCUGUAAACAGCAACACUGAAGAAGUUCAGUCCAGCAACAAGGCAGAGAAUUCUAGCCAGAGAUCCAGCAGCAGUGUCAAGAGAUUGAACGAUGACAGAAAAACCUCAGUGAAACUCAAGUCCAGCAUAGUUAGUGUUGAGAGGCUCAAAAGCAGCACUGGGAAGAAGCCUGGGAGUAAUAGUGGGCAGAGAUCCAGCGGCAGUGGGCAAAAAAUAAGCAGUGAUGUUGAUCACAAACCCGAAAAACCAAGCACCAGUGGGCUAAAACCAAGCAGCAAAAACCUGCCAAAGUCUAACAGCAGCAGCAACAAAGUUCAGAAAUCAAGCAGCAGUAGCAAAGAUGGGCAGAAAACUGAAUCCGGCAAUAUGCAGAAAGCAAGAAGUUCUGGGCAAAAAUCAUGCAGUAGCAGUGGGCAGAAGUCCAGUGAUGGUAGUGUGCAGAAAUCUAGUGGUGGCAGUGGAUCAAGAUCAAGCAAUGGUAAUGGGCAGAAGUCAGGUGGUGGCAGUGGAGGCAAUGGGCAGAAGUCCAGCAGUGGCAGUAGACACAAAAGUAGUGGUGGCAGUGGACAGCGGACAAGUUUAGGAAGUGGACAGAAGUCAAACAGCAGGCAGAGACAAAGAAGUGGGCAUAGUGAAGAAAGGGAAGAAAAAGUGGACAGCAAAGUUUCCAUGAACAGUUCUGCAUCAGAGGAUAAUAGUGGGGCGGUUCCAGUGCCGUCUUGCAACCUUUGGGUCAGUGGGAUUAAUUCCUCCACCAGGGCCAAUGAUUUGAAAGCUCUCUUCAACAAACAUGUCAAGGUGGUGGCUGCUAAGAUUAUGACCAAUGCCAGGAGUCCUGACAGCAGCUGUUUUGGGUACAUCAUAUUGUCAUCAAUAGAGGAUGCCAAGAAGUGCAUAGCAAGUCUGAACAACACCAAACUGAAUGGGAAUACUAUCAGUUUAACAUUUGAUAAGCCAAAAGUUGAACUUCCGAAGUCACAGUUAUCAAACUCCAGUGAGACUGCUGUAGAAAAACCAAAAGAAGCUGUUAAAAAAACUGUAUCCAAAACUUCAAGUAAUACUAUAAAAGUAAACAAAACACAAGGCAGAACCAUUACCAAGACAAAGGUCACUGAUGUCAAAGGUCAGACACAGAAACCCGAAAAUUGUCAAACCGACAAGAAAUCCGGUGACAUGAGGCCCCGACCAACACAGAAAACCAGAGACAACAAGAGAGAUAAACCUGCAGCAGCAGGAAAACCUGAAUCAGAGAAAAAGAAGGAGGUCAAAGGAUCCAAAAUUAUCUCCCUGAGAAGCAAAACAAAUGAGAAAGGGUCCAAGAUUAUCUCCCCGAAAAGCAAAACAAAUGACAGAGGAUCCAAGAUUAUUUCCCUUAAGAGCAAAAGCAACGAAAAAGGAUCUAAGAUUAUCUCCCUUAAGAGCAAAAGCAACGAGAAAGGAUCUAAGAUUAUCUCCCUUAAGAGCAAAAGCACUGACAAGGCUGGUGAGGGUCGGAUAUCUUCCAGGGACCGCAGUGUAAGCAGUAAGGACCAGGGAGACAAACCCCGUAGGGUAAUUCAUCUGAACUGGAAGCCUGGGGGUGGGGAAGGCAGGGGCUGGCAGUCUAGCUCGGGCUGGAUGAGGAACCACAGGAUUGGCUACUUCAAGUCUCGCAGUGCAAUGUCUCACUCUUACGAUCAGCAGCGUAACAGAUUGUCUCCUUUUCGCACCACUCAAGUUGUCGACAAAAGUUGGAGACUAAAGGAUCUUCACAUCAAACAACGGGCCGAGGCAUACAAGCUAGAACAAGAGAGAGAUGAAAUCAGGAAAGCAACAGAAGAAAUGGAGUGGAGGAAGCAACAGGAGCAGAUUCGUCUGGAACAACUGGAUCUGGAGCGGCGGGAGAGAGAGUGGGAGGAACAGCAGCUUCUGGAACAGAUCAGAAGAGAGGAAGAGGAAAGACUUAGAUUUGAAGAGGAACAGAGGAUUGUAGUAUUUGAGGAAGAGCAAAGGCGUUUAGUUGCGGAAGAAAUGAGGAUCAGGGAAGAAGAAAGAAUGAGGUUCAUAGAGCCAGUAUACAAUGAGCAAGACAGGUUUGUUGAUAACAGAUGGUCUCCUCAGGAUGGAGACAGGUUUAGGGAACCAGGGAAUUCCCCAGAUGACAGGCCUCGGGGCCAGCAUAGAGAUAAGGGGAGAGGAUAUCAGGCACAUCAUGAAGAUAGGAAGCACAGAGACAGACACAGUGCAGAGCGGUAUGAAGCCAGGAAGAAAGAAGAGCGAGAACGGGAAAAGCAAAGGAAAGAAAGAGAACGUCAGGAAAGGGAAAGAAGAGAUAGAGAGAAAAGGGAGAAGGAAAGACAAGAGCAGCUAGAGAGGGAGAGACAAGAAAGAGAGCGUAAGGAACAGGAGCGUCGGGAGAGAGAAAGACUGGAUCAGGAGAGGCGGGAGAGGGAACGACUGGAGCGGGAAAUGAAAGAACAAGAGAGGCGAGACCGGGAAAAGCUAGAAAAGGAGCGACAGGAAAGGCUCAGGCUGGAGAAGGAGAAGGAGGCUCAGGAAAAAGAAAAACUCGAACUGGCAGAGCGAGUCAAACAACUGGAGAGGGAGAAUGAAGAAAUACGAAUAAAAGAAAAUAAAAUCAAAGAAGAAUUGAGACUUGAAAAAGAAGAACAUGACCGAAUUAGGCGGGAAUCCCUGAAGAGAACCUACGAACCCAGAGGUCACCGAGAGGACUACCCAGCCCAAGUCAAGAGACAAAACAUGUCAGAAAACAGAUACAGCUCUCAAUCGGACAGAGGUUAUGAUAACUAUCAAUCCACUGACCACCAACGACGAAACUUCAACCGCACGGACGACCAAAGGGAGGUGUAUCUGGAGCACCGUGAAAUUGCCUACUCCAAAGAUCAGACUGACUAUGAUGAAAGGGAAAGAUACAACAAGUUUGCAGGGGAAAGAACUGUUACUGUGUACAGAAAGUUUGACAAUGAUCAGUAUGAUCGAAUCAGUAACUCUUCAGCCCCAAGUGGGUAUGAACGCAGCAAAAGUGAUUAUAGGCGUGACCAUGAUCGAUAUCAUGAUUCCCUGAAUAAUCACAAUAGAAACCGUGAAGUUCAAAAUCCACAUACAAGUAAAACCAACAGCAAUUACAAUCGUCCAAGAAAUGACAACAAGGGGGAAACAAGAGGGACCUCGUACACAAAAGGUCAUGGUUCAGGUAACAGUCAUGGCUAUGGCAGGGGGAUGGAAUCCAGCAGCAACCAUGGAUACAGCAAAGGCAUAGAUCAAGGUCGUAGUCACGAUAGAAAUAAAGGUCGUGGAAAAAAAGACUAUGUUGACUACAAGUCUUCUAGUAAACGAGACUCUUACAAAUCACCAGAGGUUUCAAAUAAAAGUAAAUUGACUACAGAGAGGAAGGAUGUUUCUAAGGGUCGCUCUACGGAUGAUCUGUGGAGGAAUGCUGGGUAUGGGAAGACAACACCCUCCAAUCGAGACCAGGGCGGUUACAGUGGGUCAUCGGGGGACAGGGGACCAGUGGAGGGAAAUUACCCAGGCAGCAACACACAGUCAACCUGGUCACAGAGGGGACGCAACUCUUCGUCCCAUGUUAGAGCAGGAGGUGAUUAUCAACCAAAUCAACCUGCACUUUCCAUGAAAACUGACAGCAAAGGUCCUGGGGCUUGGGGUAAUGGGACAGGCUAUUCAGUUCAGGGUGCUUCCAUGCCACAGACGAGAAUGAGCACUUCAUUUGGCAGCGGCAAUGAGAGAAUGAAUCCAGGCAAUGUUCAAGACAUGCCAGUGCAGCAAUCAGUGAUGUUUCAAGAUGGUCGGCUGAGUAAUCCCUCUGUAAGCAUGCCUUACCCCAUGAUGUCCGUUCCCCAGAGAAAUUCUGGACCCAGCAUGAUGCCACAUCCAAAUCCAAACAUCAUUCCUCAGCCGCAGCCCUCAGUGGGCAUGGUGCCUCAUCCCCAGGAACAGGGGGUUCAACCAGGCUUUGUUAAUGUGACUUAUAAGUAUUACACACCAGGGAGACCAUUUUGAUGAGUUUCCCAUCGUUCUGAAAUAGCAGCUAUGAUAAUUACUUUUGUGUUUGGAUGAUUUGCAAAGGAUGUACAAUUGAUUGAACAAUUGAAUUAUUUUAAUCAAAAUAUUAAUUUGAAUUAUUUUAUUGUGUUAAUUAUUAAUAAAAGGAAAGGAAUCCUAA